UCGAAUCCGCUUUCCGCUCCCCUUCUUGAUCCAGCCAGGGACUCCCUCCACUACUCCCCGGUCGCAUCAUUUCUUUUGUUCGCCGUCGCUCCUGGAGCUUUGAUUUAAUCCUUGAAGUCCGUUUAUCGGCUAUAAUAUCCAGUCAUCAUGGCUCAUCGUAUCGUCACUCAAGUCGUCGUCACGGGCGCCCGUGUCUUCGGCAAGGCCUUCGCCGAGGCCUACAAGCAAGCCCAAGCCUCCUCCAAGUACGCCGCGCAGACGGGCAAGAAGGUCGGCGCCAGCAUGUCUUCCGGAUUGACUCUCGACGAGGCCUGCAAGAUUCUCAACGUCAAGCCCCCGCAAAACGGCGAGGCCAACCUGGAGCAAGUGAUGGAACGAUUCAAGAAGCUGUUCGACCUCAACGAUCCCCAGAAGGGUGGUAGUUUCUACCUGCAAAGCAAGAUUCUUCGGGCCCGGGAGAGGUUAGAGAUGGAAGUCCGACAGGCCGAGCGCAAGAUGGCCGAGGAGAAGGAGCUGCGCGACGGCUGGAAGCCCAAGGUAUAUAAGGACCGGUGA